AUGGAUUCCGUGCCGCGACGCAGGAACCCAGGCUUCGACGCCGUGGCCAACGGGCAGCUGAUCUCGUCCAAGCAGAUGCCACAAGAAGACCUCUGGCCCUCGACGCUUUCGCCAAUCCGAUUUCUACCGCCGUGCUGGGGCAGGAAGACGGGCGCCUGCACCGACGACGACGACGCGGUGGACGCCAGCGCCGCGACUGCAGACGGGCUGGAUCCCCAACGGGGUGCUCUGGCACCGGGACGGGGCGCCUCGCAGGACGCGGAACGACCGCGGCCGGUGUAUCAGAACGUCUACUCGCUGCCCAUUGCAGACGGCGAUGCAAAGGAUCCGACGUGGAGCCCGCAGAGCUACUCCGUGCCGCCGGAUGCCCUGGUGCCUCCGACGCUGCAGCACCCAGACGACACCGACCAGGAGGCCAGCGUCCGCAAGAAGCCCCGGCUGGCGGAGCAGCGGCCGCAGCAGCAGCAGCAGCAACUGACGCUCAACACCAACGUGCCGCCUCCCUUCUCCUUCUCGCCAUACUCCUUCUCCAGCAGCACGCCGUCCCUGGACUUCAACUUCUCCGCGUACUCGGACGCCCCGUCGUCGUGCUCGAGCUUCACGCCCCAGAGCACGCUGUACUUUGCCUCGACGCCGCUGUCUCCGGUGCCUUCUCCCAGGCGCCACUCCGACAUUGCGCGGUUUGGCAACCGGCCGCGAACAACGUCGUCGCCGCGCCCCCGGCCGCAGUCGAGUCCGUAUUCGCUGGACGUGGGCCGGCGUCGACUGUCCAACGGCUCCGCCGGCUCGUUUGCGUCGUACGCGCCCCCUUUCGCUGGCCGAAAGCCGGUCAACGCGUCCGCAUUCACGUCUCCGCAGAUCCACGGCAGCCAUGUGUUCCCGCCGCCACUGGUCCCCGCGGGCGGCCACCCGGCAGGGAGUUUGUUUUUGCAUUCCGCGUUCACCACCCCCGAUCCGUUUGGCCAGCGGUUCAUGGUGCCCGACCCGAUCGCGUCGCAGCGGAUCCCGCGCACGCUGCGCAGCGACCUGGACCCGGACCAGACGUACUUUGAGGACUACUCGGGGUUCGCGGAGCCGCCGGACCUGCUGGGCCCGCUAAAGGACCGGCCGCUGUCGCCGCCGCGCGAGGACAUGGUGCCGGCGGACCCGACGAUGGUGCCGCACGAGCAGGACCUGCGGUUCGAGCACGACCUGUACACGCCCAAGUGGGUGCGCGGGCACGGCAACAAGCGCGAGGGCUGGUGCGGGAUCUGCAAGCCGGGGCGGUGGCUGGUGCUGAAGAACUCGGCGUUCUGGUACGACAAGAGCUUCACGCACGGCAUCAGCGCGGUGACGGGGCAGGCGUUUGCGGCGCCCAAGGAGAUCCGGCGCACCGAGGGCAGCGCGAACAUCUGGGAGGGCCUGUGUGGGAACUGCGGGCAGUGGGUAGGACUGGUGACGAGCAAGAAGAAGGGCACGACGUGGUUCCGCCAUGCGUACAAGUGUCACAACCACUACAAGCCGGACGAGUCGCUCAAGCGGCCGCGCGACGGCGACGAGCGGCCAGAGGCGUAUCACAAGUCAGAAGCGGCGGGAUCAAAGGAGAACUCGCGGUCGAUUAUUCCUUAG